AUGGACUCCAGAGCACCCCAGGAUUUGGCAGGUUUGCACCAUGGCUCUGCCACGACUGCCCCAGCUGAGCUGCCUCCGUCGGGCCCGGUCUACAAGGUCUAUAAGCGGCGGUUCUGGGGACUAGCGCAGCUGGUGCUGUUGAAUAUUGUCGUUAGUUGGGAUUGGUUAACCUUUUCAUCGAUAUCAACUACUGCGGCUGAGCAUUUCCGCGUAUCUGAGAGCGCUAUCAAUUGGAUGAGCACUGGUUACCUCUUCGCUUUUUGUGUCGCCAGCCCCGUCGUGAUCUUCACUCUCAAUAAAGGUGGCCCUAAACCCGCCAUCAUCACCACUUCAACCCUCCUCCUCGUCGGCAAUUGGAUUCGAUAUGCAGGGACCAAAGCGAGAGGAGGCAUCUUCGGUGUCGCUAUGUUUGGUCAGAUCCUCAUCGGACUGGCGCAGCCAUUCUGUCUAAGCGCUCCAACGCGAUACAGCGACCUCUGGUUCUCUGACCAAGGCCGGACCAGCGCAACGGCCGUAGCCACCCUUGCCAAUCCGUUGGGUGCAGCAUUGGGAGAGCUAAUCGACUCUUUCUGGGCGACCAAACCAAGCGAAGUCCCGAACAUGGUUCUGUACAUUUCUAUCAUCGCAACGGUAGCAGCACUUCCCUCAUUUUUCAUCCCCUCCCAACCCCCGACACCUCCAAGCGCUUCAUCUGCGAGCACCAAUGCCUCCACACCUCUCCUCCCAGCUAUAACCCAACUCCUAAAAACCCUCGAGUUCUACCUCAUCCUCAUCCCCUUCUCCAUAUACGUCGGCUUCUUCAACAGCGUUUCCUCGCUCCUCAACCAAAUCCUCGAACCCUACUCAUACACCGAAACCGAAGCCGGCAUUGCAGGAGGCCUUCUAAUCAUCGUUGGCCUCAUCGUCUCAGCCAUCAUCUCCCCCCUCACAGACCGCUACAAGCACUACCUCGCCACCAUCCGCACACUUGUCCCCAUCGUAGCAAUCACCUAUAUCGCCCUGAUCUUCGCCCCGCCCAGCCCCGCCGGCAUCGCACCAUCGUAUGUCGUGUGCUCCCUCCUCGGCGCGUCGUCCUUCGCCCUCCUCCCCGUCGUCCUGGAGUACCUGGUCGAAAUCACGUACCCUUUCUCCCCAGAAAUCGGGAGCACGAUCUGCUGGACAGGCGGGCAGUUAUUGGGCGCGAUAUUCAUUCUAGUUCAGGAUGCAUUGAAGGCCGGAGAGAACGCUUCUCCGCCGGUCAAUAUGCAGAAUGCGUUGAUUUUCUCUGCUGUCGUGGCGGUCGUGGCUGCGCCGUGGCCGCUUUGUAUUGGAUGUUUUGGUCGUGAUGUGAGGAGACGGAGAUUGGAUGUUGAUCGAGGCGUGGAGUUGGGACAGGAGGAGGAGGCUGGUGAGGUGCAAGGUGAUGAUGCGGAGCGUAGAGCUGGAGCUGGGGAGGAUGAUACCAAGAAAGGAUUCUUGGGGUUGAGUGUGGCGUGGAGGAAGUAA